UCUUAGUACUAAGUCAGAGCUUAUUAGAGCUUUGACCUUGAAGCUACAACUUGAUGGAAGUGUCACCAUGUGUUCAGGGUCCAAGGAAAGGAUUUCCCACUUUCAGUGUAUACUCAGAGUCAUAGGAUUUUUCUUUCAUCUCAACCUCCUUCAGCUCCAAGUGGCAUUUUGCACAAAUCAUCAGUUCCUGGGGAAGUCAUUCCUAGAGACGCCGGGACUUUUGGAAAUAUGCUCUGGUGAUUUUGUCCUAGUGACAUAUUUUCCAAAUGGGCCUUUUCUGGUGGAAGGGUGCUCUGUAUGUCAAAAUCUAGAUCAAGGUUGGAAUUCAGGGAAAACUUGACCUGAUGGAUGGGAUUCAGUGAUGAGGGUGGCCUGGAGAUUGGACUCUGGUAUAUCUUUUGCCUCAUAGUCAGGACCCACAAAUCCAUAGUCAGUGGAUUGGAGCCCUCGGUGUCAAGGCCAAGUACAACAAUGGCACAGCCUCUCUGAUCUGUUGGAUGGGGGCCUGGGAAUCAGAGUCUAGUUGAACCUGAACUUGGUUUUUCAGCCCUGGGGAAGUGGCACCUUUGUGGGUUUGACUCCAUGGAAGUACAGUUGGAUGGCCAGAGUGUCGUAAUGAGUCCAUGAACCUACCGUCUGUGGAUGUUCAGAUGUAGAAUCAGAACGUGCAAAGGGCAAAGCUAUAGAUGUACCCCAGCAAUCUGGACAUGAUGAAGUCGCGGCUGGAGACCAGGCUGUUAAUGGUUCCAGUGUUUGGUACCCUGUGAUACUGUAGUGUAUGUAGCCUGGGAACUGAGACAUGAUGAGGGAAGCCACCAGCCCAUUGAGGGGGAUGUAAUGUGUCAGGCUGACUUAGGACAGAGUAUUGGAAUGGUUCGGUUAUUGCAAGAGCGGAGAGGGAAGAAAGUAAUGAUUUAGAUGUGAUUUUUGCCAAAAGUUUCAGAUCCAAUAUUAUCACUCUGCAUUGCUGAUACUGGGGGCAUGGCAAAGGAGCAAAUACAACUUCUUAUGGUUGCAGGUUCUAACUGGCAAGUUACGGAGGUCUUGUGCUUGGGACUUGGAAAUUAUGCAUCUUCUUGAUGAGAGGAUAGUAAUAUUGGAUCAGUCUUGGGAUAUGGGCAUCCCGCAUGCCUAUUGAUCAGUAAGUUAUAGAAAUAUGGGCUGCUGAAUGAUAUAAUAUAUAUCCUUGGUCCACUGAGAUGCCCUGCAGUUAGGGUCAAUUGGAGGUAUUAUUAAUUGCUUAGUAAAGGCAGAAGAAUGAUCUUGGUAUUGUUGUCAUAGGAAAUUAUAGGCAAGGCGAUGACCUUAGAAUGUUGUUUUCGGGUGUAUGGUGUAACCAUACCUGGAUAAUACUUAAGAUGGGAUAAAUGGCAUGGCUAAUGCCUUCUGAUCAGUGCAGCAGAAGAGUAUAGCUUUUGUCCAUUACCUGAAGCCUGUUCAUAACAAAACCCUGGUCCAAUGGUUAGAACGUGAUAUCUUGGUGCUUUCCUGGUCAUUCAGCACCUCAUCCCAUUGGACUGUUCAUGUAAUGGUGCUAUUUGAUGUGAGAGCAGAAUACGAGCUCUGAUGUGGUCAGGAAAACAUUUUUUUUUUUGGCAGGGAAUUAAAACAGACCUGGUGAUGAAGAAACUGUAAAUGGAGGCAUGGAAAUACUAUGAAUACAGCAUAAAUUGUUAAUAGCAAUUCUGUGGAACAGAUAACAAUAGCUGGAACGGUAGUAAUAUAGUAACAGAACUACUUUAUCCAUUUCUAUUGCACCUUACAGUUUCCAAAUCAUUUUCAUUGUAUUUGGGCCACAAGACAACCCUAUGAGAAGCAGAGACAAGAGUUGACAGUUAAGGCACAGCAAACUGGAACCUUUCUAGGAAUCCUCUUCAAACAACCCUAAAAUAAUGCUUCAGAAAAAUACUCAAGUGACAGAACCAAAAAGGACAGAGUGAAGCAAUUUUUCUGCAGAAAACAACUUUGAAGAAGAGAUUUUUAACUUCCCAGGUCACUGGAAGUGGAGUGGUCCAAGUUCCCGGGACUUUGAUAUACAUUAGUUCCUGCUCUUACUGACGUUCCUAUUGGGAAAUUCUACAUAAUGAAAAGAACACCAUGGAUGUUUCCAAUAAAAGCAAAUCUGGUACACUUCCCUCCAAAAGGCCGUCAGGAAAAGUCACGGUUAGUAGCAUAUCCCUCUCUCCGACUUGCACCGCCACGUGAAGGAAGCCAACAACAGAAGCCCGAUCGUAUCAGCUAUAUCAAAUAUCAACAAUUAAGAAGCAAGUUAUCAGACCUUCCUCAUCCAAGAGUGGCGCCUGUUCAACUAUCCCAUGCUUCCAAGACAGAGGCUGAAAAAUUCUCCCAUCUUCACCACCAAAGCCCGGCAAACGUCUCCUUGGGUCACAAACGCCGUGCCGGGACCCCUGUCUUGCCUUUACUUUAUCCGGAGCACAGAGCCAGGACCUCUGUGGAUUUGCUACAAGCAGAGCCAUUCAAAGCACCUCUCAGCAGCUCACUGAACUUGUAUGAAGCUCCACCGGACCCCUCCCCACGAGUGGAGACGCCAUCGGGUCCUGAACACCUUCCUAAGAUUUUACAGGCCUGUGACUAUCAGAAUGAGGAGUUACUGCGCUUCAGUCAGCAUCAGCGGUCCACAUCAAGAGCUGACCACCAAGACGGGGCUCUGCCCUGCCCUUACGCCCAGACCAAGGUAGCAGCGGCACCAUCAGCUGGCCUCAGUUAUGAAACCCAGGCUUCGGCGCAUCCCAGAUACCAGGUCAGAGCCACAGCCCUCCUGGCAGAAGACCACCACCAGCAUCGAGCCCACGUGGCGCCAUUACCCUGUCUUGAUCCCUGGUCCAAGGCCACAGCUGUGGCCGUUUCAAGCUCAAAGCCCUGGGUCAGAGCUCCAACGCCAAAGCCAUCUAUUUAUACCUCCAGGUUAAUAGCGUCUUUAAGAAGCCCUGUACCCCACGCGAGGGCUGGUGCCGUCUCCUCAAUACGAUGCAACUACCGUUCCAAGGUCGCGAAUGCAGGCUCACCAAGCUCCAAACCCUAUGUUGCGCCCACGCCUAGCCUCAUCAUCCUGGGGAAAGCUGUCACCAUGAAAUCAUCAGGCAUCAAGCUGCAGGACAAGGCAAAGCCCUCAGCGCCACCCCCUGCAUACAACUGGCACGCCUCUCCAGCCCGCUCAUGCCCUGACCAUCAGACCAGCUUACCGUCAGAGCCACACGCUACCCUGCGAGCUCCACCACGCUCGGAACACCAUGCUAAGAGGCCAUUUGGGUUGCAGCACAAGAUGAAGUCAUCAGCAACCUCCAGAUGGGUGAAGGCCCUGCCACAGAACAAUUACUGGGCCGUACCUCAACCACAUGCUAACAGCGAGUAUGGCACUUCAUCAGGCUCAAAUGAAGACGAGGAGAGCGUCCCGGAGUAUCACAGGAAAGCAGCCCCUACGCGAAGCUUUGGCAAAGCUUCGGCAAUUCCAUCAGGCCUAAACUAUGAUGAGCUCGCACUGUAUCUGACCCAGCAUAAUACCCCUGCAUUGGCUCUGAGCAACUGCAAUGCCCUGAAUUAUAUUUGCCAACCGACAUCUACACUUAGCUCUGCCAGAGUUCCCACCAUUCCAUCAGCCCUAGACCGCGAUGAAUUCCCAUUGCACCUGACCCAGCAUAGCAAAUCUGGAUUGUCUCUAAACAACUGUAAUAAUACCACACAUUAUACUGGCCAAGCACCCGCUAAACAAAGCUCUGACAGAGUUUCUGCAAUUCCAUCAGGCCUAGACCACCAGGAUGAACUGACACCAAACUUGACCCAACAGAAUAUAUCUGCACUGUCUCAAAACAAUUGUAAUAAUGCUCCACUGAGCUUGACUCAACAAACCACAGUUCCGUGGGUCACGGAUCACUGGACUGAAAUUCAACUGACCUCUGACUCCUGGGACACACCGCUCCAAAUUCCUGAUAAACGAGUCAAGAUGGUACCAAACACGAAUGCAAGGGAAAUUCCUCGAGGAGGCCUCGAUCACCUGGAUAUACAGCCAGUAGGCAUGGAUCAACGGAAAAAAACACCAACCCUAGACCACCAAACUCCACCUCUACCUGUUCCCAACUCCAAGGCCCCACUUUUGCCUCACCAUCGACUUACAACGCCUGGCUCUGAGUUCCAUUCCAAGGAUGUACAAGAUGCCCGAUUCAAGGGCUCUAGUAAGUCAUUACUUGAACAUUGGGAAAAAAGGUUUUCACAGCUCAAGCAGGUCACACCUCCAAGAUACCAGCACAAACGGGCUCAAUCAAGCCCAGGUCGUCCUAGGAUGACCUGCCAAGCUUCCACUUCACAAAGCUUUGAUCAACAAGCCAAGACUACAGAAGAACCCCAAAAUACCCGAGGCAUGGAUAGGUCAGCCCUAAAAUGCAAGUCAGCAUUUACAGAGGACAAGCAACGGUGUGAAUCUCUACCAGAUCAUGUGCUCAAGCCCAGAAUUCCCAAAACCAAGGUUUCACUGAGCUCUGAUUGCCAUAAUGAGAUUCAAACUAAACUCCAAUACCAGAUCCCAAAUGUAAAAAAUACCAAAGCCACAUGGUCUUUAAAAUACAUCAAACCAUACACCAUUGAGGGUGGACUUGUCCCUACUAAUACGAUGAAUGAUAUCAUCAGUUCCAUCCCUCAGGAAAAGAUGAAAAGUGACAUCCGUAAGCAGAUUCUCCUGAGGCGGAUGAGAGGGUCCAUGGAUCGAUCUGCUCGACAUCUAUUAUGUGGUUAUAAAGUCUGUUUAGUUUGUGCCUCUUGGGCCCCAAAUGGUUGUUUCCAUGGUCAUGGAUCAAAAUAUUCUUGUCAAGCACGUUUGUUGGCCAUACCAAUGCCUGUACCUGGCUCUGCAGAAGAGAUGGGGGUGAAAUUUGUUCUUCAAAUUCCCCAGUCAAAGACAUGCUACGCUUCUGAUUUUGACCAACACUACAGUCCUUCAUCUACAUAUCCUUCACCUCGAACUGAAGCCACCAUCCCACACCAUACUCAUUCUCUCAAUAAGAAGUCAUAUCCACAAUCUCAAUCAGAAGAAUCACUUACUUUCCAACAGGUACCUCCAAGGGUUCACUCUUCCAAAAUUAUAUUUGACACUGAUAAUAAGCAAUGGGAAAGAAGUACAUCUACCAAUUCAGAGGCAUUUAGAAGAAACUCACACUUGAAGAACUAUAGCACCAGGGAAGAGCCAAUGAAACAUGAAAGAAAUGUAAAAUCCCUCUUAGAGAGAUUGCAAAGAGGGAAAAAUUAAAUGAUAGUUUAAUUUUUUGAA